AUGACAGCCGCAGAUCUGUCCGGAAAGAUGUUUAUCUUCCCACGUGAAACAAAUACAGCUCAUGUGAAAUUAAGUCCAUUAAAGCAAAACUUUAAUUCAGUAACUGUCUGUCAAAGAUUCUUCACAGACCUCAUUAGAGGCCACGUCCAUUUUUCUUUGGCCACGCCCAGUUAUUCCAAUACCUUUUUGGUUUACUGGGAUGGCACUGACAAGGAAUUUGAAAUUUCUACCAUGGAUACAACAGGACUAUUUGGAGUAGAAGACUACAAGCGAAACACAUGGCACUCUCUCUGCACCACAUGGGACCCUGUGUCUGGGCUGGUGCAGCUGUGGUUGGACGGACAACCUUCAGUUAAGAAAUUUACCCGCUCCGUGUCAAAUAUCAGGGGGUCUCUUAUAAUCAUGUUAGGACAGGAACAGGACAGUCAUGGUGGUGGGUUCGACAUCAAGCAGUCUUUUGUUGGAAUGAUGUAUGAUGUCCAUAUGUGGGACUAUGUCCUCUCUACCUGUGAGAUUCAAAAUUACAUGGAUUACAGAAGCUUUACUCCGGGUAAUGUUCUAAACUGGAGGGCUAUGGAUUACCAGAUAAUAGGACAAGUUCUGCUAGAGAACAGAGCAAUGGUUUGUUUGUAAACUAUCAAAUUGUUGUACAACAUGCUUGAGCUAGAAAAGAAUUGUUAAAAUUAAUGAUCCAUUUUAAAUAAUGCAUAACAAAGGAUCUGUAGCUUGAUUUAAAUAAUUAUUGUUUGUGUUUUCCCAAUAAUCAAAUCCAAGAUUUCAAUCCUGAUGAAUUAGUUUAGACACCAUUUUUGUAUGAUAUUAUUUUCUUACAAAUACCUUACUCAAUUAAAGCUUGCAAAGAGAAGAAAAAA